AUGGAAGAUCUCAGAUGGGAGGAGGAUGAGUUCCUCAACUUUUGGGUCACAUACAACGCCGGAAUCGAGCAUCUUGCUCUUGCGUCCCCAGAGGAUAAUUCUGAGAACGCACAGUCUCCAGCCAAAAAAGAUGCUGGAGCUGAUAACGAAAAUGACCAAGAUCUCAACAACCCUGGACUCGGAAUUGAGCUUCACGACGAUGUCACUGAAAAGGAGAAUAACGGAUGCCACAUUCCGGCCGGAGUCAACCCAGCGACUGAGAACGCGAAUGUUCAAGUCCCAGAGGAAACUGACACUGUAUCCGAAGACAGAGGUGGGGUCCCAGUCGAAUCUGCUGCACCUGACGGUCCAAUGACGCGUGAGGAGAUCAUUCUUAAAUGGCUAUCUGGCCUCAGACAUGACCCUGACCCACUUUUUACUGUGGACGACAGGAGCCCUCAAGAGCUUGACAGCAGGGCGCGCGAUACAGUGGAACAGGAAUGGGGUCAGGGCUGGGCUCGCACUCGACGAGCAACUGGGGUUCCUCGGCAAAUUCCAAACUACCGGUUCUUUGACUACACAAGCGGCACGUACAGCAACUUGCACGGAGCUCCGCCGCCUGAGUAG